CAAACUUGCAUCCUUCACAAGACGUCUUUUAAAGAAGACAUUUCUUGCUACCUGCUUCAUCAGUUCCUUCAUGGACUCAAUAAACACACACACUUGUUCCUUGGAAGUGUGGUGUAAGGUCCAGGACCACCCUCUUUAUCUGGUAUAAAUACGAGAGCAUGAAGCUUCUGUCUCAUCCACAAACUUGCAUCCUUCACAAGACGUCUUUUAAAGAAGACAUUUCUUGCUACCUGCUUCAUCAGUUCCUUCUCAAGAUGAACAGCAUGUCACACCUGGCAGAUGUUGUUGAAGUUGGCGGUGAGGGAGGAGAUGUUUUCAAUUUUAAUGGCACUGAAAAUGGAAGCAUGCUGAAAACGAUCCAGGUUUGGGAAGGCGAGUGCCAGAUAAAAGCCAUGAAGGUGUGGCUUACUGAUGGCCAGUCCAAGCAGUUUGGCGUUCCUGCUGGGAAUCUGAAAGAGUUUAACUUUGAAGAUGGAGAGCAUUUCACCUCUCUUUCACUUUGGCCAAAUCAAGAGGGUACACAUCUGGGUGCAAUCAAAUUCAAGACAAGUCACUCCCGAGAGUUCUAUGCAAGCUUGACAAAAGGUAGUCUAAAGCCAGAAGCUCCAGUUGAUGUUGCCUCUGGGAUCUGCCUGGGGAUCAAAGGACGUUCAGGGUCUGAUAUUGAUCUCGUUGGGUUCAUAUUCCCCAAACCCAUCAUGUCUGUUCAGCUUACCAAUGUUGUGUAUCCCACUAUUCAUGAUGUGAAUCCCAAAGUGGCUGUUGGAGAAGUUAAAUCCAUGUUGUACCAGAACAACACUUCUGAAACUCAAGAAUUUACAAUUGAGGCCUCCCAAAAAGUCACCCCAAGAUCAUCCUGGUCUCUUACGUGCAAACUGGUAAACAUGUUCAGCCUGGAAGUGAAUGCAGGAAUUCCACAGCUUGUGGAGGGGAUAAAUGGCUAUCAAUUAAUUAAUGGAGUUGAGGGUACAUAUCCUCCAAACACCACUGAAGAGAAAAUUGAGCUCUUCUCAUUUCCUGUUAAAGUUCCUGCAAGAGAAAACAUAGAUGUGCGCAUCACACUUGGCCAGGCUACAGUUGAUCUCCCAUUCACUUGCAUCAUGAAGAUUAUCUUCAUUAAUGGCACUGUGUUUGAAUUUCAAAAGAAAGGAAUCUACAAGGGGGUCGCUUACUCUGAUGGAAAAGUGGUUGUGAAUGAAGCAAACAAAUAGCUUGGUGCAGCCUAAUAAGCUUUGAAUUCAAUUCUAUAAUGAUUUAUAAUAACUACAAAAUCUGUACUCAUAUUCGAUAAUGUUUAAUAAUCAAUGUAACAGAUGUAUGGAACAUAUUUAGUGCAUUAUGUAUCACUGUACUCAGUAUCUCAGUAAAGGUCUUGCUGACUGGAGCUGUGUGUGUGGAACACUGGAGUCCAGCUGUGACUUAUAUGAUCUUGCAUCUUCAUGUUUAUCCUGCAUUUGGUGGAAUGGGUGAUUUUUUUAGUUGAUUUUUUUUUUCCCCAACAUCUGGAAACCAGUUAAAAUAGUGAUUUGUUUUAUUCUGCUGGUCCUCAAAUGAUUCAAAGCCACAUUUUUGAUUCAUAAAAUAAAUCUUUAUGUAUCAUUUUGAGUAAUAAAUAAAGCAUCUCAUUUCAUGUUU